AUGUCCGCUGACGACAACAAGACCGCGUAGGUGCUUCUGGAUCCUGAGGCCUGAGGCCCGGUCGAGCUUUCCCAACUUGUCGGAUUUAGCUGCCGACGCUCAAGACUGACACCGAUGGUGCCUACCUUUCCACACAGGCUCUACCACUAUGAUCCCUCUUUCGGUUUGGGUGCGUGUUUGCGUCACCUGUUUGUGUUGUUAGAAACAUUGUAAAGCUGACUCCGACGUUGGCUCCACUCCUCACAGCCAUCGCCGCGACCGCGAUCUUCGGCGCUGUUUUCGUCGCACACAUGUUCUUGAUGAUGCGCCACAAGGCGUGGUAUGUAAGUACAAGAGCGCCGUUGCUCAAUAGACAAGCGGUCCCCUCAGAUUGUUCCGCCUCAAAACUUGUGCUAACUGUUUCUCCUCUCCUCGAUCUCUUCAGAUGGCCCCCUUCGUCGUCGGUGUCUUUGUAAAUUACAUCGGGUGGUGGCUCUGUUCACCCUUCAGCAAGCUAACCGUAAGCUCGUCUGAUCUUCAAUCCUAGGGUGAAUGUGCUGGCUAUGCCGUCCGUCGCAUAUCGGCUGCGAAACCCCACAACACCAUGCUGUAUAUCGUCCAAGAGGUGAGCUCUUUACUUCCGUCCCUAGGUCACCGUCCCUGGAGGAGCAAAUCUGAUCGAAUUUUAAACUCCACUUUGCAGAUGUUCAUCAUCCUCGCCCCCGCCUGCAUGGCCGCAAGUCACUACAUGUGCUUCGGUCGCCUCAUCACCUACGUCGGUGAAAAGUACUCCCCUGUCCGUGCGCGUCGCGUGACCGCCAUCUUCGUCUCCUUCGACGUCGCCUCGUUCUUGAUUCAAGGUGGCGGAGGAGCUCUGUACUCGGGCAACAACGCCAAUAAUUUUCGUAUCGCGAAAGCGGUCGUGAGUGCUCUAUCAGACCUCCCCACAUUAUGAGGGACACAACCCUGACUUGCCUUCCCUUCACCCCUUCACACUGGUGCAGCUCACCGUCGGUUUCUUGAUCCAAAUCGUCUCCUUCGGCAUUUUCGCCAUAUUCGCGAUCAUCUGUAAGUUUUCCGUGCCAGCCCGCGAUCAAUCAAUUGGAGGAUCAGUGGACAGAUUACUGAAGCUGAUCGUAUUUUGAUCGGGUCUUCCAGAUCAAACCCGAGCUCGCCGUGCUGGUGAACCCGCGGGCACGUGGACGAGGUGCCUUUACACUUUGUACAUCGGUCAGUUCAAUACUAUUCACCUUGACUCAAAAUUCCCCACUCCCAAGGGUUGCUCUAACUUGACAGACCUUGUAACAUCCAGGCACUGCCCUCAUCUUGAUCCGAGGCAUCUACCGAACGGUCUCCUUCGCCAGCGGGGACGUCACAACGGGAGGUUAACUGCUCUCCCACGAAGGAUGGUACUAUGGACUCGAAACGCUCCCCAUCCUCCUCUGCACCAUCUUCUUCCUCAUCUCGUAUCCGGGCAAAAUGAUCUCGUCCGAUCGAUCGCUGAGGUUGCACCCGGAGCAAGCGAAUGGCGUUCAUCUCGGUACGUACGUUUCGGCGGCGUCGACUGGAUCGGACGAGGAGAAAGGUGGCAUUUUCGGCGGGAGGUUUAGAACGAACUAUUAA